AUUAUGUUCUAUAUAUGCAGAAAAAUCCUUAGAUUUCUGUCAUAAAGAAACAUGUGAUUCUCUCUCCCGCUCUGAAAAAUAAUGUUUUAUUAGGCUUUCUCUUUCUCUUCCCCAGAUCCUGUUCGUUCGUUUGUGGUCUUGCUGGUAUUUAGGGUUUCGCGGGCUCUUCGAACAACUCCCUGAGAGUCUCUCUCCGGAGGAUCCCUAGGUUUUCGAAUCUCUCUACAGACGAUUUUCUCUGGAUUUUUUUUUAUUUCGUUGAUUACUGGGUUUUGGAUACUCUGAAAGUUUAGGUUCAAAUUGAGAUAUUUUAGGAGGAUCUAGGGUUUCAAAACGAUGUCGUCUCCAGAGAAACAGCUCGAAGAGCAGCUCAUGGAAGCUGGGAAUAAGCUGCUUCAGCCUCCUCCUUCAGUUGACGAACUCCUUCCUUUGCUUGACCAAGUUGAGAAUUUCCUGUCAAGGGUGGAGCAGUCACCACCCAAAUCAACACACACUGCGCUUUCUCCAUCAAUGAAGGCGUUGGUUGCAGACGAACUUCUAAGGCAUUCAGAUGUUGAUGUAAAAGUUGCAGUUGCCUCUUGCAUCAGUGAAAUAACUAGAAUUACUGCACCAGAUGCUCCAUAUGAUGAUGACCGAAUGAAGGAUAUCUUCCAGUUGAUUGUAUCUUCCUUUGAGAAUUUAUCUGAUCAGUCCAGCCGAUCAUAUAAUAAGAGGGCUUUGAUUCUUGAAACUGUGGCCAAAGUUAGGUCAUGCGUGGUCAUGUUGGAUCUGGAAUGUGAUGGCCUGAUUGUUGAGAUGUUCCAGCACUUUCUAAAAGCAAUAAGGGAUUUUCAUCCUGAGAAUGUUUUUUCAUCCAUGGAGACAAUUAUGACACUUGUACUGGAAGAAAGUGAAGAGAUUCCACUCGAGCUACUCACUCCCAUACUAGCUACUGUAAAGAAGAACAAUGAGGGAGUUUUACCAAUUGCUCUGAAAUUAGGGGAGAGGGUGCUUGAGAACUGUGCGGUUAAGCUUAAGCCUUAUUUGGCACAAGCAGUGAGUUCAUUGGGUGUUUCUUUAGAUGAUUACAGUAAAGUUGUUGCCUCUGUGUGCGAGGGGAGAAUUGGAACUGUUCAGCACAAUGGUGACAUUGCUAUUGGAAAACAAUUGGCACCAAAUGUUAAUGUUCAGCAAUUGGUUGAUGACAAUAACUUGGAUAAGGCAUCUUCAGCUGAGGCUGUUCAGGCUGAUGAGAACAAGUUAGCUACAGCAGCCUCCGAAGUGGCACCUCAGGUGACAAAAAAUGUAACGGAAGAGGCUUGUACUGAAGACGUUGAUCCUGCUGCAGAAAGAUCUCCUAAGCCAGUUAUGAGUAAUGGUAGUGCAGAGGCUGCAAAUGAUGGAACUAUGGUGGAUCCAGAGUCUUUAAAGAAGCCAGAGCAUGGUCACGUUGCUAAUCAGUCAGUCGACGCUAAUGCAACAAACAAGGUUGAUACUGAUGAGUCAGAUGCUGGGAAAUCUGUCAAAGCAGAGUCUAAGCGAGAAGAAACUGCCAAGACAAGGGGAAGGAAACCCGACACUUUAAUGAGCUCUACAGAUCCUUCAGACUCUUCUCUUGUUGAUAGUGAGAAAGAAGCUGAGAAACUGGCAGACCGUAAAAAAAAUGGCAGCGAGGAUAUACAUAUUUCACCAGCUGAAGAUCCAUCUGCUGUGGCUGAAGCAUGUCCAAAAAAUGAAGAGACUGAUGUUCAGCUUUCUUCACCAAAAGCCUUAGAGAGUGAGGCUUUGAAUAUUGCUUCCCCAUCUCCAAAUGGAAACCUUCCUGAUGAGGCUCGUCCAAAGAAGGUUGGGCGGCCAAAGAAGUGGAGCUUGAUUCAAGAAGAUGCACCACCUGCUGAUGUUAUUUCCAAGAAGGUAUCUGAAGGAACAAGCGAUUCAGAAGUAAAACCACAGAGGCGAUCAGGAAAGAAGGCAACUGCUGUUAUCUAUAAGGAUAAGAUUCCAGCUGUAGUAGAGACAACCCAAAAUGAAGCUGGGACCACUAGUGAUUCAGAAGCAAAACCGCAGAAGCAAUCAGGUAAGAAGGUGGGUGCAAGCAAUGACAUUGAAAGUAAGUCGUCACCAAAGAAAAAGGAAGAUGGAAAAAGGCGUGCACGGGGAAAAGAUACUUCAGAGAAGGAUGGAACUAAAUUCUCCGCUAAAGAUGAUGCCAAAGAUAUCGUUUCCUCACCCAAGUCUGCCACAAAAUCAGCUAAACACGAAAGCCAACUUCAAGAAACUCCUAAGAAGAAUCAGAAAAGAAAGCGUACUGCUGGCGAAGAGCAAGCAUCUGAGGCUGCUGAGUAUGGUGAGAACUUGGUAGGCUCAAAAGUUAAAGUUUGGUGGCCAAAAGAUCAUAUGUUCUAUGAAGGUGUUAUUGAUUCUUUUGAUCCUGUCAAGAAGAAGCAUAAGGUUUUGUAUACUGAUGGUGAUGAAGAAACAUUAAAUCUUGGUAAGGAACGAUGGGAGUUUGUGAAAGGUGAUUCUGCAUCAGACGAGGAGCAAGCAACUGAAGAUCUAAGUCAUGAUGCUUCUUCUGAAAUGCACAAGAGGAAGAAAUCUAAAGCUCAAUCUGAACCGUUGGCAAUGGAGCUUUCUCCUAAAAGGGGUGGAGCUGCUUCCUUUAGCAAAUCCAAAGGCACGUCUGGAAAAUCUGGUCAUAAAUCAAGGGAGGAUGGAAAAGUUGAUAGCAAAUUGAAAGACAGCACCUCCAAGUCUAGUGGUAAAAAAAGCAGUGGCAAAUCUAUUGAUGAGGCCCCUAGAGCUGCUGGCAAAUCCAAGGAUGUUGAUGGUGACACGGCCAAGACCGCCACCAAGUCCAAGCAAGAGACGCCAAAGAAUGUCACCAAAUCUAAGGGUAAAACCCCCCAAAGUGGGAACAAAUCUACUGCUAAUGGCAUGGGCAAAGUGAAAUCUAGUUCAUCAAAGGGGAAAGAAACUGAUGGUGGGAAGGGAAAAUCAUCCGAUUCAAUGAAAACCUCAGAAAGUGUGAAGGCGAAAUCUCUAGAAAGUGGGGCAAAGAGUGGAAAGAAGCGGCGAAGAGGAAUUAAAAGCUGAAUUUUGGUUCUUCCUUUUUGCAAUGUUGGGUAAUAUUUUGUAUUAUCUGCUGCCUAGUCCCUGGGAACAUUUUGUUGUUACCUCGCGCUGCAGGCUGUAGUGAAGCCAUGUAUGUGUCUUUUCCUUCAUAUUUGACCUAAUAUCAGAAUCAUGGGUAGCAUUUCUAUGUUAGUUGGUGUAGAUUAAUACUAGUGGUAGGUGUAAGCUAGUCUCCAUGUUUUCUUGAUUUCGUAGGUGGAAUUUGCGUUGUUUUACUUAUUUUUUAAGGCUGGAGUUGGAACACACUCCGAAGUUAGCUUCUGUUAUGAGAGUACUGUAGAUGUGCUAAGAUUUACAGUCUUGCUCUCAAAUUGACUUUUAUUUUCCCAUCUUAGCUGUUGGAAUGCAUGAUUUGUACUGUACAUGCUUGCUAGUUUGUUGCUACAGAUUUUACAUUUCCAAGUACUUCUGAUUCGCAUGGAUAUUGGAAGAAAUGCUCCUCAAAUUGGAUGCUAUUUGUAUGCUGGGGAAAUUGGGGUAGUUGAGAUUUCAGUUUGUCGUAUGCUCUAAAUUUGUGUUUCUGUUAUCAGAAACUUGUAUAACUCAGUAGCUAGGUCCAAACUUGGUUGUACCUCUUGGAAUGUGCUUCAGUGCUCAUAAAUUGGGCAGAACUUGUACAGUAUGCCUUUAACUGUUGACCUAGUGUUGGUAGACUGGUUUGAUUUAAGUUGGUAUUUCUGUAGAAGCUUGAAUGAAUGACGUUGAUGACACCUGUAAAGAUGAACUGGAUAUUUCAG